UAAAGUUUUCUACUCUGCAAAAUGAGUUACUUCCUGUCCUACUGUAAAGGGCACUGCAGUGCUGUGCUGUCUCAGUACCAAACCCUCCGAGCAGAAGGCUUGCUGUGUGAUAUUUUGUUGAAGGUAAAAGAAAACGAGUUCCCCGCUCACAAGUCUUUGCUGGCCUGUUCCAGUGAUUACUUCAGGGCCAUGUUCAAGAGCUAUACAAAAGAAUCGAAGGAUGCCAUCAUUCACCUGCAAGUCAUCUCAGCUAUUGGUCUGCAACGUAUUCUGGAUUUUAUUUAUACCUCCUGGUUGCCCUUGUCUUUUGACAGUUUGGAAGAUACCUUGGAAGCGGCCACUUACCUGCAAGUGACUGAGGCAAUCGGCUUGUGCAGCCAGUACUUGGCUAAUAAUCUUACUCUAGAGAGCUGCUGUUUUUCCGCCAAUGUUGCUGCAAAAUUCUAUCUUCCAGAUGCUUUAUCAGCAACUGGAAAAUACAUAAUUAUUAAUCUCUGGAAACUGCUGAAUAUGGAUUUUGCUGGGCUGCUUGAGCUGAACUUCCAGACUUUGAAAGCAAUAGUAGAAUCACCUGAUGUCCCCAUGGUCAAAGAACAUGACUUGCUAGAUCUAUCGCUGAAGUGGCUGAGGCAUGAUAAAGUGAGAUUAACACACACUACUAGCCUGUUGGAACAUAUAAGAUAUAGUCUAAUUCCAGUGGAAGAUCUGAGAAAGGUCUACACACAGACAGAAGUACCACUGACAGCUCCCAUAAAAUACUUAAUCAUAAAAGCAAUAAACUACCAUUCACUUAUCUUCAGACAACCAAUCCUUCAGGAUAAGUACAGCACCUUGAGAAACCAGAAGACGCAGAUUAUCCUCCUUGGAGGUAUGAUUGCACAUGAAGGGCCUGUCAGUGAUGUGGUGGCUUUUGAUGUUUACAAUCACAGAUGGCAAACUUUAACACAACUGCAGAACAGAGUACAAAAUCACUGUGUGUGCACAAUUGGAAACUUUUUAUAUGUAUUAGGUGGAGAAAUAGAAGAUUUGCAAAGUGAUCCAAAAUGUCUGGCUUUGACCGUUACAAACAAAGUCCAUCGCUAUGAUCCCAGGUUUAACAAGUGGAUCCAAGCCACAGGGAUGCUGGACAAGAGAUGCCAGUUUUCUUGUUGUGUCCUAAAAAACAACAUCUUUGCAAUUGGUGGGAAAGGUGAAAAUGGAUCAUUGCAUUCAUCUGUGGAAGUCUACAAUAUUAGCCAAGACAGAUGGACAAAGGUUCAGAAUUUGCCAUGUAAAAUGCAUGGUCAUGCGGGUACUGUUUGCAAGAACAUCAUUUAUAUAUCUGGUGGCAAACAUAUGGAUCAAAGCAACACAAGUAAAGAUAUGUAUUCUCUGGAUACUCUGGAAGGACAAUGGAUAAAGCAAGCCCCAAUGAGUAUUGCUCGGUUUGGGCAUCAGAUGGCCACAAUCAGAGAUACAGUUUUUACAUUUUUAGGGCUUUAUGAAGCAUUCUCUGAAAUUGAAAUGUAUGAUCCUGCCCAGAAUCAGUGGACACGUUUACGGCCGUUGGUCUAUGAUCGGUUUAGUUAUGGUUUGGCAGUGGUGGAGGAAACUGCACUUCUCAUUGGGGGGAAGAAGUGGCAAGGCUCUCAGGAGAUUCCAACUCAGGAUGUGGUGGGCUAUGAUAUAGACAAUGACUGUUGGGAAGAAAUCUGCAAAGCUUCCUUGCCUUGGUAUGGAUUGCAGUGUGCAGUACUACAGCUUUCUGAAUUAGUUGAAGCUAAGGGUGUUCAACAACAAAAUAACAAAACAUCUUGCUGA